CAGACAGAAGCGAGAAUGAGACGAAUGAGAACAACAGGUGCUCAAAAAUGGCUCAGCAGUUAAACUCUGAAGAAGGCACCACAUUAAUUCCUCUACAAAAAGAUGCCAGAAAGUCGAGAAAUUCAAUGAUAUCUGCGUCUUUUAAUUUUAUCAAUUCUAUUAUAGGAUCUGGAAUAAUAGGUUUACCAUACGCAUUGAACCAGGCAGGGCUUCCCUUUGGCCUUCUUCUUUUGAUAGUUGUUGGAUUCAUCACAGAUUACUCAAUCAUUCUACUUAUAAAAGGAGGAAACCUGUCAGGGACAAACAGUUAUCAGUCACUUGUACACAGCACAUUUGGUUUCCCUGGAUUUGUAAUUUUAUCUGGACUGCAGUUUCUUUAUCCUUUCAUUGCGAUGAUCAGCUACAACAUCACAAUCGGUGACACACUGACCAAAGUCUUUCAAAGAAUACCUGGAGUUGGCCCAGAUCACAUACUCGCGGAGCGUCACUUUGUGAUCAUACUAUCAACUGUUGUUUUCACGCUCCCUCUCUCACUUUAUCGAAACAUAGAGCGACUUGGGAAGGUGUCCUUCCUGUCAAUGGUGCUGACAGUUAUCAUCCUCAUCAUUGUAAUCAUCAGAGCAGCUACCUUUGGACCCCAAAUCCUCCCCACAGAUGAUGCAUGGGCAUUUGCAAAGUGGAAUGCGAUUCAGGCAGUAGGUGUAAUGUCUUUUGCCUUCAUAUGCCACCACAACAGCUUUCUUAUCUAUGGCUCACUGGAGCAGCCCACUCUUGCAAACUGGUCUCAAGUCACUCACAUCUCCGUAGGCUCAGCACUAAUAAUCAGUGCUGGAUUUGCCGUUGCUGGCUAUACAACUUUCACUGGCUACACACAAGGAGACAUAUUUGAGAACUACUGUAGAAAUGAUAACCUGGCAACGUUUGGUCGCUUCUGUUUUGGCAUCAGUAUAAUAACGACAUUCCCACUGGAGUGCUUUGUGACACGAGAAGUGGUAUCUAAUGUCAUUUGCAGCCGAGAUCUUUCGAAAACUGAACAUGCAGCCAUAACCAUGCUCAUAGUUGCAGUCUGCACAUCAAUAUCUUUGGCCUAUGACUGUCUAGGAGUUGUUUUGGAACUGAAUGGUGCUCUGAGUGCUACACCUCUGAUCUUCAUCAUCCCAUCUGCCUGCUUCCUUAAGCUUUCCUCUGGCCGCUGGUUCGAUGGUGAAAACUUGAUACCCGCGGUGUUAAUAAUAAUCGGCUUGUUCAUCAUGAUCACUGGUUUGAUCAUGACUGGCAUCUACCCACAAGGCUGUUCACAUGGAGUGGAGAUGUUCUACUGUGCAGAUGCCAAUGCCUCUAGCACUGUACCACCUGUAUGAAAAUAAUGUGUCAAAUAUUUAGAUGUCUUAAAAAAAACCCAACGUUUUUGUUUACACAUGUAUACGGACACACUUUCCUCAAUUCUGUUAUAUGUUUAUUGGCUGUUAGGUUAUUGGUGCUUUGCCUUAUACUUCAGACUGUAGGGUGGAAGAGGAAGGACUCUCCAUUAACAUGAAUUUACAUUUUAGUGCAAAAUCAGGUUAUAUAGUUUUUUCAAACUUUAGUCAAAAAAGAAAAAAAACUUUAAGGGAGAAUUUUUAAUGGUGGCCACAACCUAGGUGGCCGGCUGUUGUUCUUGGGAAUACUCAUGGAUGAGUGUGAUAUUAAGGUAUUCAAAUACUUUCAGUUUUACUUUAUUCUAAUAAAUUAAUUUAAGUUAUUAUUAUUAUUAUUAUUGUUUUAGACUUUACAGACUUUUCUUGGUACUUGUGUUUAUUAUAUACAUGGAAGGGAAAUAGUUGGCUUCCGCAUAUUCCCGCAUGAUGUCGCUGUAGACAAAUAAAGCGUUUAUUAAAAGGAAGUAAAAAACAACAAGGCUUCUUGUGUCUUUUGACGGACUACGCUUUAUUUCACUAAAUGGACACAGUCGCUUGUGGAUUUUAUUAAUAGGUGGUUGAGCUAAGUUGUUACUUUACGUGGUAAUGUCAAGUCGUAAGUUUACUAGAAAGCGCAAAUGAGAGAAACGCCCCGUUUUUGCGCUUGAGUGUUGCGAUGCAGCGUCAGAGAUGUACACAGAAAAGUUGGUAGAGUUGUGCACUGUGUCAAUAGACACACAUAUAUGACUGCAUGUUGUUCAUAGGGAGGGAGGGGAGAGGAUAAACUACUCUAGGAUGGUCCGCAGAAAAAAGACUGGACUGCAAAACGGGGUUAUGGAUCAUUUAUCGAGACAGUAGGGCUCCACAACUAAGCUUAACUUUUUUUUUUAAAUACUGAUGGUGAUGGAAGUUUGAAGCUGCUUAGAAAAGCAGCAAGGCAUGAUCAGAAAACCGUUUAAUUUCAAUUUUUAAUUUUGAUUAAAAGAAAGGAGGAACUGCAUGCAAAUGAUAAUCCUGAUGACCUCGUGUGGUUUUCGCCCGUAUUAAAAUAUUUGCCCGAUUGCAUCACUUGAAAGAAGCAGGUUUGGCUGCCAGUCUCAUCCGCAGAGCUCUGGUCUGAGGUAUGCAGAGCAGUCAUUUGGAUUGCCAGCUGUAAUAACUGUUAAUCUCAGAAUUCAGACUUUUUUCUCAGAGAAAAGAAAAAAAAGACGUGCCCACUUUUUUUCCCAGUGGCCCUGAACCUCUUCCAUAGUACAUCUCAGCUGAAUCACAGUUGGAAAUGUUUCAACCUUUGAACUCUUUUCAUUUCCAAAGUUUUACUGAUAAUUUGCCUUGACCAUAUGUCGAGCUCAUGGGAACAGCUUUGAAGACUUUUCCGUACAUACUUCCGGAAUGCUCUCUGGAUGACAACAACUGAAACAGCCUCCUGUCUGCGCCGGAUGGUGGUACUGAUGGAACACGCUUUGUGAAUGCAAACAGGAUGUCUAGGCAGUGAAUGCGGUCACCACUCACGAUGGUUUGACAUGCCAAUGAUGGCAUAGAUGAACAUCAC